AUGUUUGUCCGGGGCACUCGCCACUUUGCGUCGUCCUGUGCUUCCCUGCCUCCCUCUUUCUCUGGAGACCGACGGGAGGCAGACGAUCUGUGGGCACGAGACGCGCCCCGCGAUUGCUUCUUCGACGGCGCCGUGCGCGAACGCGACGGAGAAGCCGAGCGCGACCGAGAACUGGUGAGAGAGAAGGAGCGGGAGAGAGAAGGCGUCUUCGCUGGGCCAGAGCGCCAGCAGGGCGCGUCGCUCCCCGUUCCGGGCGGUCAGGCGCCGCCUUUCCCCGUGCCGUCUGUCUCAGUGGAGGACUUCCCGCCGCGCGCGGCCUCCUCGCCGACGUCUUCAUGUGGGCGCCCGUUCCACGCGAGUCUGCAUCCGGGAGACAGGCCUGACUUCGAGGGUCUGGGGCGGAUCUGUCAGGAAGAACGGGGAGAGAGCGGCGUGCCGCGUGGGAGCUAUGCGAACUUCUGCGCGGCCGACAGAGUCCCCUUCCCGUCCUGCCUGCCGGAUGGAGACCGCGAGCGCGUGAGUCCAGGGAGUGGGCGGCGGGACGAAGACAGAGGGUUCCUGGGGACGGAUCGCGCGCGCGGCGCGUUCUGUGGAGGUGGAGGGGAGCCCGCGGGGCUGUUUGUUCGGCACGAGCGCGCGGACGGUCCGAUGCGGGACGCAACUGAAGAGCGGAAAGAAAGACACGACUUUCCGCUGGCCUUCACUUCGCCCUUUCCACAUCACUACCCGGCGCCCCAGUUCGGGCCGGGCAGCGACGGCGAGGUCCACUCUGGGGUGUAUCUACACCCCGAUUUCCGGAAGAGCCAAGACGGCGAGAUGAGCGAGAGUCGAAAGGAAAACCUCCACGCUUUCCACGCGCAACACGAUGCCUUUCCCGAGGACGAUCGCAGGCGCCACGGCAACAGCGCCGACGACUGCGUGCGCGGGUUCCCGCCUUUCCUCGGCGGGAAGGGGUUUGAGGGCGAGGGGAGACAGGCCGACCAGCGACUCGCGCUGUUAAGCGACGGAGACCGCGAGGCCUUCCACAAACGCGGCUUCUUUGUGGAGGGCCCUGCGAGGAGAGAAGACCCGUUCGCGGCACACCCGUACCCCCACGGGGCCCACUUUGACGCAGUUCCGCAGCAACGGGAGGCGCCGCCAAACGCGCACGGUUCGCCUCCCUCCUCCCCGUUCCUGCCGGCCUUCCCGCCGUCCGUCGCGGAGGAAAACCGGCCUCUCCCGCCCAUCUUCCCCGCGCUGCGACAAGGCGAGGGGGACGGGCGAGACGCAGCGCGGCCCCCGGGGGCGCACGACCCGCGCAGCCUGGUGCCCUCGUCGUAUUUCUUUUCCCAAGGCAACCUGGUGCAUGCGCCGCCGGACGGAGACAGCCACGGCAAGAUGAGCAGAGAAGGCCGAGACGAAGGCGCGCGCGCCCCGUCCGCGUGUCACGCAGAUGUCCCUGAGCAACGUUUCGCCUACCCCUCGGAGCCUGCGGCCUUCAACGGCAGCCGCGUUCACCCGCCUCUCUCGUCGCCUCCCGCGUCGAACGGCGGACCUCUCUGCGGGUCUUCCUUCUAUCCGCCCCAAGGGCCCAUGCAGCCGUUCUUUGAAGGCCCAUUCCCAGCCUCCUCCUCAGUGUACCAAGGCAGGCCUGUGGAGGGGGGCGUGUAUGACCGAGGCGAAGGCCGCGAGGGCGACGACGUCCAGCGCGAGGGCUUUCGCGUCCACGUCCACUUCCACCGCCCGGGCGAAGACGGAGAGAGAGAAUCGACUGAGAGAGAGAGGCCGUUCUUCAUCUCGCCUCCGGCCUUCGGAGCCGCGUGGAACCGAGAGGGCGAGAAGAGGGACGAAGGGCGCGAGGGGAACGCCGAGAGAGAGAGAGAGAGCGGAGUCGCCUUCCCGCCCGACCUCCAAGGCAACAUGCCUGAGAACGAGCGCUUCGACGCGCGGCGCUUCCCACCCCACGCUCUGGAAGGGUCGGCGCCGAUCCCCUUUCUGGUGGGCUCGGCCCCUUCGUCGCCGUCGCUUCCCUCGCGCGCGCUCCCGCCAGCCUUUGGCUGCUCCUCCGGAGAGCCCGCGCUGUUUCCGGCGUCUCCGCUCCUGCAGCCUCCGCUUCACGGGCCCGAUGUCCGGGGCCCGAGAGCCGAUAUGGACGAGAAGCCCGCUCGAAGCCGGGAUUUGGAGCCCAACUACUUUGGCCACGAGAGAGACAGGAAAGGCCCGUUCCUCGGCGUGGCUCCCCCGCUGGGCCCGGGGCCGCAGGGCCCCGACUGCGCGCAAAAGUGUGCGGCCUUCCAGGAGACUGGGCCCUCGCCGCAGAGUGUGGGGUUCAACGGGCCUUUUCGGCCGCUCCACGUGAAGGCGGACCCGCUCCCACUCCUCGGCCAUCCUGCGUCGUGCGCCUCCACGGUGACGGGGCAGCCGGACAGUUGCGAGAGUGCCCCAGAAGGCGGGUUUUUUUCGACUGCGUCUGCGUUUCGCGGCCAGGCGGAGGCCGGCCGAGGCGAAGAGUCCUCCCGCUCGUCUCCAGAGGACGCAGUGUCGAAAGACAGCCGAGGCAGUGCGGACACGCGGCGCGAGGGCGACUGCGAAGGCGUCGUGACGCUUCCAGCCACGAAUCGGUACUCGCCAGUGCUCCAUCCCACAGGCCCCGUGCGCCUGGACGAGCUCGGGGAGCCUGGGAGUGUGGGGUCUGGGAAGCGCGAGGACCCGGAGAGACGGCUGCGGGAGGGCGACCGGGAGUACCGCAUGCAGAGGGAAAAAGAAGAGAGAGACUUGAUCCUGAGACAGUGCUUCUUCUCGGAGCCUUCGUCGCCGCUGGACCGCCAACGGAACAACGCGUACUCGUCCACGUCGGCCUUUCUGCCCCCGUCGUUUUCGUCCUCGCAACCCUCGUUCACCUCCUCCUUCCUCGGCUUCUCGGGGUGCUCGAAGGGAAGCGAGGGGCGCGGUCCGCCCCUGUGCAACCGGCCUGUCGGGCCCGGGGGUCUCCGUGGAGAGGAGACAGACAGUCUUGGAGACCGAGAAGGCAGGUUCCGAGACCGCAGUGAGAACCGAGAGUCCUCGACGGGGCUGCUACCUUUGCCCUUCUCGUCGCCGGCCCGCCACCCGCCCACCUCGCCUGGAGGCAGCGGAUCGCCGCCGACGCAGCGCGGCUGUCUGGGCCCGGGGGCCUUCUCGUCUGCGUACCUCGCGCGGCUCACCUUCGCAAGUGCAGAGCGCGGCAGGGACGAAGACCGCGAAAAGGGCGAGGGACGCGGAAGUCCCUCCUCGCUCCUCGGCUCGCGCCCCGACCAGGCCGCGCCGUUCCUGCGGAUCUUUGAAGAGCCCGACCGAAGACGCCAGGAAGAAGGCCGGGGGGGACACGGCGCCGAAGAGGGUCUCAAGGGCGAGGCCCGCGAGGAGUGGCGCCGGAGGGGCCCGGGGCCUCUGGAGCGCUGCGGGGACAAGGAGCGAGGCGCGAGCGGCGAGUCGCAGAAGAGCGGUGAGGCCAAGAGCGCGGAAGAGCGCGAAGAUUCAAGGCGCAGAGCCACGGAAGCUCCAACUUCGCGCGGAACCACGCCCAGUAGACAGGAAGGAAGCAGAGACGGGCCAGAAGACGAAACCGCGAGCAGGCCUGGGGCGUGGAAUGCGCAACGCCAGGAAGAAAACCGAGGCCGCCAAGGGGAAGGCCUGUCCUCGUGCAACGAGUGUGGAGACGGACUCGGCCGUGUGGAGCCUCGUGAGGAGACAGAUGCGUCCUCGCGAGACCUUACGGCGGCCUCGCGCAGGGGCAGUGUGGAGGCUGCGCCCGUCGAGCCGGAAAGUCCCGCGGGGAUGUGGCGAGCCUCGGAAGGUGACGCUGGGAAGAGGCCUCGCCAGCAAGGCUCGGAUGAGAACAAACCAGAGGUGAAGGGGGCGGCUUCUGGUCCCCCACCUGGCAAGACUCCGCCGAGGCGCGUCAGUCGCUCCCGCGCUGAGGAGCAAGGAGAGAAGAACGGCAGCUCUUUCCCGCCGCUUCUGAAGGCUGGGGAACCCCGCGAGUCCCGCGACCGCAGUCCUGCGCUGAAGCCGCCGCAGAAGGAAUCCGCAGACGCGAACGGGAGAGAGGACGGGAGCCUGGUGAAGUCGUCUUCGGCGGCGUUGUUGUCUUCGCAAGGUCCAGUGACCGAGCCGCUCAUCUCGGGGAGAUCCAGUGUGACUGUCUCUUUGUCUUACGCGUUUUCCUCUCGGCACCGCGAACCCUUCUCCAUCAGCACGUCGAUUGCCGCCAUGGCCUCCCCGCUGCCGCCGCCUCCCGGCGCGAACUCGACGUACCUGAACAACGCCCGAGCCUGGGGGAUGCUCUCUGGUGCCUCUCCCUCAAACGGAGACACCGGGUCGGGAAAUCCGCGCCGGCCUUCCUCGGGGACGCCUCGCUUCUCGUCGUCCUCGUCUCCGCCGUCAGGCAGCACGCGAGAGCGCGACGGCGCGCCCAAGAGCCAGACGAGUGCGGCGCAGCCAGCUGACGCGUGUGGAACGGGCGACACCGGGACGUCUCAGCACUCCUCGUCGCGCACUCGAACGCCCGGCGCGGCGCCCUCGUCGCGCGAAGCCAGUGGAGGCCGCAGCCGAGGUCAGAGUUCCUCCGGCGCCGCGUCUGGGUCUUUUGGAGGCGAGGCGGCAGCGAGUGCCUUGGGAUCUUUCUUCGCCUCUCCUGCGCCGAAGAAAGCCGCCGGUCGCGAGAGUCGCGAGGCGGCGCUCCGCUCGGCGCUGGGCGGCGCGAGUGCCCUGUCGUCCACGUCGACUGUUCCUUCUGGGCCCGAAGGCGACGGCGAGCCGGAGGCGCCUGCGGCUUCCUCGGCGUCAGCAGAAAGGUGGCGAGUCUUCAGCUACGCCGAGGUCUGCAGUCGAGGGAGUGGGGGCGGUGCGCGCGCCGCUGGGAGUCGAACCGGAACGGCCUCGCAUGCAAGUGGCGCUUUUUCCUCCCGGGCGCAGGCUGCGCCGGACCUGGGCCGCGCAAAGCGCGAGGGAGAGGCGGGGAAGCCAGCGUCUGCGGUUUCUGCGGCAGGAAGUCAGACAGAGAAGGCGGGGGACGAUGGCCCGGGAGGGGCGUCGCGGGCGUCCUCGCUCUUGGACAGUUCCCUCGCGGCCUCGCGCCAAGGCAGACGCGAAGAGAACAAGUCUCUGAUGCGCGGAGCGGACCGCGAGAAGGGAAGAGAGGCCCGCGACAAAGGCCUCGCCGUUUCCUCGCGCCAGGGCACCUCUGGGGGCGGAGCUGGGAAAGAGGAGACGGAAGGGGCGAAGGCGAAAGAGGGUGUGGACGCCGACGGAGAGAAGAAGACCGGCAGUGGGAGUCAGCGUGACGCGUCGAAGGCUCCCUUCGCCUCGACUUUGCCAGGAUCGCGCAUGCCCGCCAUCAGCAGCAACAGCGCGUCCCUCAUCAUGGACUUUCCGGCUUCCAGCUCUGGCGGAAACAGCCUGUUUUCGCGUCUCUCCCAGGCGUCCUCGGCUCCAGGAGGGUCCGGAAGCAAACCCGAGUCCGCCUCUUCGACUGCCGGCGGCGCUGGGGUUGCGACCUCUGGAAAAGGAAACACGGCCAAAGAGGAGGGCGAGAAGAACGGGAAGGGCGCCCCGUCGUCCUCGACGGGGGGCGAGGCGAACGCAGGCAACGCAAACAGCGACUGCAGCGACGAGGAAGAAGAAGUCAUUACGCUCCUUCCUAAGGAGCUGGCGAGCCCAAAGAAGGAGCCGGAUGUGUUGUGGGAAGGCGACGGCCUGACGGUGAUCGAUAAGCCGCCAGGGUGGCACUGCAGCGACGUGCGCUACGACCCGCAAACGGAAUCCAGGCAGCUGUGCUCGAUCGUCAGCUCCUCGAGACCGGAGCCCCUGGGCCUCUACUGCAGCCUCCGAUUCAACUACCCGACUGGGAAACUGAAAGAAUGCAACUUUGGACUCGGCCAUAGACUUGACGUCGACACCUCGGGCCCCAUCAUCAUUGCGCAAACUUUGGAGGCGUGGCAGUGGAUCCGCGACCAGAUGCACAAGCGGAACAUCAGCAAGGAGUACAUUUGUUUGUGUCACGGGACGUUGGCGGAGGGUUUCCACGUGAUUGAUUCGCCCAUCAUCACGUCGACGGACGGGCGGCGCCUCCAGUCGUACAUUCACCACGCGGGCCAGCCGUCGCUGACGGUUGUGAAGCCUUUGGCGCACUUGGAGCACAAAGAGCUUCGGUACCCUGCGUCCAGCGUGCCCCUCCAGUUCACGUUGAACUGGGUGAAGAUCCACACGGGGCGCACGCAUCAGAUCCGCGUGCAUCUCCAGAGCUUGUUGGACUCUCACGGCAGGCCGCACUGCCUGGUGAGCGACGACAAGUACGGCAACGGCCAGCAAGUCGAGGAUUUCCAGUGGUGUCGCCGCCUCUUCCUUCACCAGCAUCGGCUAUCCUUCCGCGACUUGAACGACACGCCUCAGUGCUUUGUGAGCCCUCUGCGCGCCGACCUCCUCAGUGCGCUGCGUCACCUGCGCGUGGUCCGGUCGAUGCACGAAGCUUGGCAUCCCCUGCGAGACCACCUCCUUUUGGGCCCGGGGCAGGGCCCGCAGGGCGGGAGCACGACGCGGACGUCUUCUCGCAGCGGCGAGGCGAGUGCGGCAGAGCGCGCGGACGCUGCGGCCGGGCGGACCGCGGGGCCGGCCUCGGGAGACGCGAAGCCUGCGGAAAAAUUGGAGAUCCACGUGGUUCUCUCGGACGCCGAGCAGCGGGCGUACGACGCCGCGUGCCGCGCGAUGCAGCAACACAACCAGGAGUAUCGACGCAGCGUCUCUUCGCGAUGCUGCUUCUCGUCUCCGGCCUCGAGUGGAGCCGGCGCCCUCGGCACCACGCCCUACGGCUCGCUCGUCGGCGGCGCCCUGCAGGUGUCUCUGUCGGGCGGGCUCCUUCUGGGCUCCAAAGCCGGCGCGGGCCUCGCGUCGUCCGCACUCUGCGGCCCGCCACUGCUCAAGGUCGGCGCGGGCGCGCUGAAGAACGUGAGCAACUCGGCGCCUCUCGUACCCCUCCUGCCGCCCAUCUCCACAGCCAUGCUCGGCGCAGCUGGGUCUCCCUUCCACGCCCACCAUUCUCUCAUGCUCAACCACAAGGGCGUCCUGGGGACCCCAGGCGGGCCCUCGGCGGUCGCCCUCAGGCAGCAGGCGCGAGUGGGGACUGUGUUGGGUGCGGUGAACGCCGGCGCGCUGUCGAGCGCGGGCCUCAUGGCUUCGACCGGCGUCUCCGCUGGAACGGAGGAUGGCCGAGACUCCGGCGCAGGGAUCUAUGGCCGGAGCAACAGCGGGACGAUGGGACUGCCGCUGGCGGGAGCCUUGGGCGCCGGGUCGACUGGCGGCGCGGGCUCCUCUCGGGCUUCGAAUCCGGCGUGGAGCUUCGCUGACGCCUCCUCUGCGGCUGGCGCAGGCGGAGACAGCUCGCCGUCUUCCGGGACUGGAGCGGGCGGAAACGCGCGGGAAGCGCCGUCCGGAUCGAAGGCGGAAGGCGACGGAGCGACUCAGGAUGGCCCGGGGCUCGACUGGAAACUCGUCAAGUCUCAGGCUUCGCUCUCCAGUGCGUCCAGUGCUGGAACGGCGUCGGCAUCGGGCGAGACGACGCCAGGGAAUCGGUCCUCGCAGGGAAGCCUUGGUGGAGCGGGAGUGUCUGGCCCUCCGCAGAACACGUCCCGUUCGUUGUUGGGGACCGGAGGCGCCAGUCGAUUUUUUGGGUCGGCAGCAAACACGCCGCCCUCUGCGCGGUCGCUAGCGUUCGCCGGUCGCGUCCCCACCAGCGCGGGCCCUGGCUUGGGCUCCACCGCGGUCGGAGCGUCGAGUCGUCCUCUGCCAGUCGCCCUGGAUGCAAUGGUUCUGGGGGGUCCGAGGUCCUCGAGCUCGCAUGCAAGUGCGUCGAAUGCGGGCAACGCAAAGAGCUCCACAGGGAACAAAGACAGCGGCUUCUUCAGAAGUUUCCGCGGGGACAGUUCACGCACAGAAGCGGAGGGCCACAGGCUGGGGGCUGCAGGAUCGGGAAGUAUCAACCGCGCGGGGCCGAGUCCGUCUGACCACCAGCUGUUCUCGUCGUUAGGACGGACCUCGAGUUUGGGGGCGCGAGGCGACAAGAGCGCCGGCCCAGGAGGCGCCUCCGGAGACGCGCCCGAGAAAGGCGACGGAGGCGAAGGCAAAGCAGACGGCCAGGGCCCCUCAAAUGGAGACACCACACCUGGGGCCAGCAGGGCGGGAACGCGCCCCGCCUCGAUCGGCCCGAGGAGACAGCUCUACAAGGAGGUGCUCGUGCGAAGCAACAAGGGAGGGGAGUCCGGUUCGAGCUAA